AUUUCAUGCGACAUGUUUUCUAUAACUUUAGUAAAUAUUGAUAGUUAUCAAGCAUCUCCGAUACCAGAACUUGAUGUGACAUUCUCUGAAUUUCGUGGUUCAGAAAUAAGAAAGGUACCGAUAAUUAGGAUAUUUGGAUCAACUGUCACUGGUAAAAAGACAUGUUUGCAUAUUCAUGGUGUCUUUCCAUACAUGUAUGUACCAUGCACUAUCCAAGAAAAUACAGAUAGUUAUGCUUAUCAGUUGGCCGCAUCAAUUGAUUCUGCUUUGAAUAAAUCUUUUGGUUCUACAUUAUCCACCAAUCAACAUGUGUAUAAAAUCCAACGAGUAUCAGGAAUACCUUUCUAUGGUUAUCACGAAAAGGAACAUCUAUUUUUUAAAAUAUAUUUUUAUAAUCCAGCUAUAAUUAAAAGAACAGCAGAUUUAUUGCAGAAUGGUGCAAUUCUCAAUCAAACUUUACAACCAUAUGAAGCACAUAUUCCCUAUAUUCUACAAUUUAUGAUAGAUUACAAUCUUUAUGGCAUGAAUUUAAUAAAUUUGAACAACAUUAAAUAUAGAUGUUCUUUGCAAGAAUGUACAACAGAAGACAGUCAAAACAAAUCUUCCAUGGAUUUGAUAAACCCACAGAUGUAUCUUCCAACAUCUGUAAUGAGACAAAGUAUGUGUGAAUUGGAAGUGGAUGCACAUGCUUCAGAUAUUCUGAACAAACAAAACGUCAAUGAAAAAUUAGAACUAAAUCCUGGUCUUGCUGCUAUCUGGAAUGAAGAAAAAGCGAGGAGGGCUGCAGUUGGUUUAGAAAAUGCAAAAUCACAAUUAUUAUAUCCUAAAACUCCUAGUAAAAUUAUUCUAUCUCCAACAGACAAUGAUAUUUAUCAAAAGAAUCAAUUAUUGAAAAGACUGAAUGCCACAUCACAAAUUAAUGAAACAAUUAUUUCAAAUCCAACUGUAUCUUCAUAUCCUAUUGAAGUAGAAGCUAAUGAAAAUAUUUUAAAUGCAUCUUGUAUUAUAAAUCACAAUGAAUCUCUUGCAUGUGAAGAGACGAUUGAAAGAACAUUUUCUGAUAAUUAUAAAUUAUUACAAGUAACUUCAUCAGCAUUUUUGGAAGCAAAUCGAAGUCAAAGUAAUGUAACAGAUACAAGUAUUUUGGAUGCAGAUGAUAUACAAUUAGUAGAAAUGUUGGCUGAUUUAGCAGAAGAAAAUGAUAUUAAGAGUAAUGUGGACGAUGAUAGCGUUCUUGGAUCUCAAUAUUCUGUAUCUAGUGAACCAGUUAAAAAUGAUCCAGAAGAAGAAGAGAUUGAAGAUUUAAAUAUUACAAGUUUAGACUUAGAUGAUUUAAGUACUUGGGAGUCGAUGCAUAAGGGAUUCAAUCAGAAUGAUAAUGUAAUGGAUGUGAGAGAAAUUAUAAAUAAUAAGCAGACUGACUCGGUAGAUGAUGUAAAUAUUACUGAAGAAAGUUCUAUAGAUGUUACACUUAGGAAUUUUCCUCAACUUGAUGGAAUUGAUAAUUUGUAUGGAAAUAUAUUCGAUUAUGAAACAGAAACUAUAAAUGAUAUAAGAAAUAUAUCUAAGAAUAAUACAGCAGCAUGUUGUACUGUAGUUCAGACGUGUGCUCUUCCGAUCUGUCAUUCAGGCAUAAUGUCCGCCACAGCCAAGUCCUCUUGCAGGACCUGUUGUUUUUGCAACUUAACGGAGGACAAUGAACUGGAGUAUGGCAAGUUCCACGAAUAUAAUGGAAUUUUCACACAUUAUUAUUGCUUGCUUCUUUCUUCAAACAUGGAGCAGAAAGGAAGUGACGAUGAGGGUAUACUUGGAUUUUUGACAGAAGAUAUACAAAAGGAACUUAAUAGAGGAAAAAGAUUGGUAUGUUCCUAUUGUAAAAAGAUUGGUGCUACUUUAGGCUGCUGUAAUGUAAGAUGUAAACGGAUAUUUCAUUUUCCUUGUGGUUUGAAAGCUGGUUCAUUACAUCAAUAUUUUGGAGAAUUUAGAUCAUAUUGUAUAAAUCAUAGACCAAAGCAGAAAAUUGAGGCACAUAUUUUAAAACAAAUUAAGUCACUAGAUAAUAUAUUAUGUUGUAUCUGUUAUGACAAGGUAAAUCCCACUGAUUUUGUGAAAAGCUUAUGGGCCCCCUGUUGUAAAAAAAAUGCAUUCUUUCAUCGCAAAUGUGUUCAGCAACUUGCUUCAAGUGCAGGUUAUUUCUUCAAGUGCCCUCUUUGUAACAAUAAGCAAGAUUUUCGAAAUGCUAUGUUGGAAUAUGGCAUUUUUAUUCCAAGUCAGGAUGCAUCAUGGGAAUUGGUACCAAAUGCAUUUGAAGAGCUUUUGUAUAGACAUGAUCAAUGUGACGCAGUGAAAUGUCUUUGUCCAAAGGGAAGGAAGCAUGUAAGCAGUAAUGCUAAAUGGGAAUUGAUAUUAUGUCGGACUUGUGGAUCGCAAGGUAUUCACAUGGCAUGUGGACAAUUAAAAUGGGCAAAUCCUGUGUGGGACUGCACUGAAUGUACUUCCAUAUUACGUAAUUCUAAAAAUAAUGAAGAUGCGAAAUCGGACAAUAUUUCUGAUGAUUUGUCUAGAGAUUCUGACUCAGACAGUGAUACAGACAUUUCUGUGGGGAUGGAUUUUCCUAUGUUAUGUCCAUCAUCCAGCUUUAAAUUAUCCUCAAAUUCAUCCAGCUUUAAAUUAUCCUCAAAUUCAUCUUCCUUGCUAGAUUCUACAUCUGAUAUUAGCUUGCGUCCUGGUCCACGCUCUUUCAAGUUGCAGCAACAAAUAAAUAAACGAUUGGAAUUAACGCGUGAUCAACAAAAUGAUGACAAAAUGAAACACAUUAAAGUGAGUCAAGAUACCAAUGCAUUACUAAAGAAUGACAAUGAAAAAAAUGACAAAAAAGAAAAAUCUUUGACAAAUAAGGAAAAUAAUACUCAGAAAGAAAAACAGAUAUCUAACAGUGAUAAUAGUGUAACAUCUCACUCAAUUCAAAAGGAAACAGAUGUUAUCACAAUUGAGAGUGAUGACGAUAAUGAAGUAGAGAUUAUUACAUUAAAGCAAAAAACAGGUCUUUCAGCUCUAAAGCAAUCGACAUCUCAGUCAAGUAUACCUCGUGUACCAUUAUCAAAGAAUAAACAGUUAAACACAGUAAAGAAUUCAACAUCAAAUUUAUCUGCAAUAUCGUCUAAUUUAUUGGAAAAGGAUAUUGUUGAAUUACAUAAAUCUGUUGCAUCAGAAUCAAAAAUUUCAAACGAAAAUAAAUCUAUCUAUCUCAUUUCCGAGCAAUUUGAUGUAGCUGCAUUGCAAGAAUCCAUGCCAGAUGUGAUUUCAAAUAGUAAUGAUCUAGAUAAUGUGGAUACAGUGGAUACAAGUCCUGUUAUGAAUAUCAAAAUUACUGACGUUAUUUCUUUACCGCCUGAAUUGUUUGAAAGUGUACCUGACGUCACGUUACAUGAAAAUUCCAUUGAUACGACCUCUCCUUCAACGAGUAAAUCAUUAGAAAAACUUGUCGCGUAUAUCGCGCCUUCAAAACGUAUAUAUGAAGGAGCAAUUAAUACUGGCUAUUCUAAGAAAGUCAAAGGAGACAAUUACGAAAAAUUUAGCGCAAAUGAUUCAGUAACCUUCAAUUAUCAUAUUAAUACUUUUGAUGCGAGUAAAGAAAAUGGAAAAAUAUCUUCUCUUAAAUCCAAUGAAGUUCAUAAAAAUAAAAAUUCCUUGAAUUGUACAUCUGCAAACAAACUUUCCAAUUCAUAUAAUAACCAAAAAGAUAAUUUAUUAACCCAAAUGUCAUCUCAUAAGAUGGAUGAUAUGAGACAUACAAAUCAAGUUGCAGGAAAUUAUUUGGAAGACAAUGCCACAUUACUUCAGGUACAACAAAAUAGUGAAAAUCCUGUAGUGAACGGAACCUAUUUGCCCAGUAGCAAAUGCAAAAAUCCACUUUUCUUCCCAUUGGCAAAUGUUUAUGAUACAACGUUAAACUCGAAUGAUACAAAUAGUCAAGAUACAAAAAACAAAGGAAACAUGCAUUUGACAAACAUCAUUAUGCCAAUGACAAAUGUGAUUAAUCCUCAAACUAUUGUUGUAAAUCAAUCAGUGACAUUUAAUGGAAGUAUGCCCGUUAUUGCAAACGACAAUCAGAUGAAAAUGUUAGAUAAGAACAAAGUUGUCCUGAUGAGAGAAAAAAUGUUCGCUAAUGUAUCCAGUCCUAACGAUUCUUCAAACAACAUAUUUUGUGACGGGGAUGCAGGCACCUGCUGUCCUGCUGAAAUUAACUCAACCGGUCGAAAGAAGACAAAUCCGUCAACCAAAUCCUGUGGGAGUGUGGACAGCAACAACGCAGCCGUUGAGUCACACAAUCCUGUCGCAACCCGCAGCGUCUUCCCUCGAAUCACAAAUAAUCACAGUACCUGUCAUCAACCUAGAUUGAUACCGCAAUAUAUGAAUUUACACGACUUAAAAUUUCGAGCCUGCAAGCCAGACAAUGUUCAGAUGGUUUUAUACGAUACUUUCUCUGUAAAUAUUCCGAUAAAAAAUUCCAAGGAGAGUAAGAUUCGAUCGGCAAAUGUAACUGCACAACAGGAACUGAAAGAAUCGUCCUAUUAUGCAACAGAUGAAGCUUCAUCCAAUGCAGAAUACAUUGACGAUAUCCAAACUGUGGAACAACAAUUCAAGUUUUCUCGUUCGUCAAAAAAUGAAAAUUUAGUUAACGAUAAGACUAAGUAUGUAAUACAUGGCCAGGACGAUACAAAAGAGAAUUUAGAUCCCAUUAGAUCGAAAAUGCUUUCGCGUAAUAGCACAUAUAAUAAUAGUCUAGUGAAUGACAGUGGUGAUACAGUGACUAUCCACGAUUCUUUUUGUGGCGAAACUGGCAAUGAAAUACGUCUUGCGUCUAGUGAUACUAAUUUAAGUGCAUUAAAUCGAACAAUUUGUAAUAAGAAUGUAGAGGAUACUGUAAAGGAUGACAUAGCGUUCGUUUCUAAUGAUCGCAAUAAAAUCUUGCAUGGCAGUUGGCAAGAUGUACAGCAGCAUAAACAAGUAUCUGUACAAGAUAUGACGCCUCCGUGUACGGAAGAGAAAUUUGUUCGAUUUUAUAAAGAGAAUAAUAGGAUAGUACACAACAUUGACUUUGAUUUCAAUAUUGUUAAAACGAAUAAAAAUAUUGAGAAAAUAUUGCAGGAUGAUAUGACUGUUUCUACAAAUCAACAUAAUAAGGAUAACAAUAUAAUUGAUAAUGAUUAUAUAGACGAUUCUCAGACGAUGUUACAAAACGGUUAUAAACAUUUAGCCUGUACAAACGUUACGAGACCAAAACUUUCGAAUAUUAUGUUUAAUGAGCAUAGUAUCCUGAAUAAACAGAUUAAUAAAUCCGAUUCAGAGAUUAAUCAGCGCUUGACAUUUGAUGAAAAUACUGUAAAUCGUAAUAGCGAAAAUAAUUUCAAACAUAAUAAUAGUGAGUGUUGUUGCAAAAUUAGUAUAGAUUUAUGUAGAAUACAAAGUCUGAUCGACUCUAAACCGGAAUUGUUUGUAAAUCAAAAAUGUAAUGUUGAUGAUAAAUGGUGUAAAUACAAGAGUCAAUUAUGACCAAGGAGAUUAUAUUCAACAACAGUGAAUUACAAAUACCAGCAAAUUAUAUAAAUAACAUGGAACAAAUGCAAAUCGGAGAUAUUCCCGAUGCGAAUAUAUUUAUGCAAAAUCAAGAGCCAAAAUGUAGAAUUAAAUAUUUUGAUAACCAUAUCUCGAAUAGAUAAAUAAAAUGGAGAAUAUUCCGCAUGAUAAAGAAAUACAAAUAACAAAGCAAAAAAUUAUUCAUGUUUGCUACUAAUAUAUAUGAAACUGGAAAAUACUCAUUAAUGAGUAAUUUUGCUGUUUUUCUCAAAUAAUAAGUUUCUGCUCACCAGCCUUUGAAUUGUAACAUAUAAUUGCCACAUUGUAUAUAGUAAUGUAUAAUAGUUA